GGGUUCUUCACCUUUCUUCUUUUGGUUUGAUUUUUGCUGUGAGAUCUGGGUUGAAUAUGCCUCAAAACUCCAUUAUUAUAUUCAUUUGUGGCUCCCACUUGUCUAGUUGCCUUCAUUUUGGGUUUUCUUCAAGUCUUCUUCGUGAUUGAAGUUUUCAAGCUAUAAGCAUUUCGAUUUCCACCCUACAAUUUACAUGUUUUCAUUGAACUUUGCUAAUAAUAAAUCUGAAGCUAUUUGUCCUCUUCUUGCCGCUGUCCACGUGUUCUGAAUAUUAUUUCCUUUGUUAUUUGGAGUCGAAGUUGUGUUAUGAUGGAUGACAUCGCCCAGAGAAAAUGCUUUUCCCUUUUUCAAUUUCGAUCCCACCCACGCAUGCUAUUUCAGCGUGGUGCAAUUCAUUGUUUAUUGGCCAUGACUCUUUGCAAAUUGUGGUUUGGAGAAUGUGGAGUCCGUCCUUAUUUGUGGUGGCGAUUAGCUUCGUUACAAAUAUGUGUCGAUGAGAAAGCAAAAGGUUAUACUCUGAGUUGGAAAAGGUGACCAUCAAGCCUUUAUAGAAUUAUGGGAAGAUCCAGUUUGGUUGUUUUACAUGAUUGGGAGAUCUUUGAAGUGUGAGCAGGUGGAGCUUCAGAUGGAGUCUUUGUCAUUGAUGCUGCUGCAGCAUCCCAUGAACCUCUCUUCGGUGGCUGUAGCUACAGUCCCUUCUAUAUCAUUUUCUUCCGUAAACCCUCAAAGACAGAGGAUGCUUGCCUCAAAACGCUCUUCUAAACUUACAAAGUCCACCUCUCCACUUCAACCCAUAACAACUAUGACUAAAACUUUAGAAUCCUCUCUUCCUCACAAAAAGGUAUUGGUUCCUAUUGGUUUUGGAACUGAAGAAAUGGAAGCUGUUAUUUUAGUUGAUGUUCUACGCCGAGCUGGUGCAGAGGUGACUGUGGCAUCAGUGGAGCAGCAGCUUGAAGUUGAAGCUGCUGGGGGUAUCAAAUUGGUGGCUGAUACUGACAUUUCAACAUGCUCAGAUGAAAUUUUUGAUCUUGUGGCUUUACCGGGAGGAAUGCCUGGUUCAGCAAGAUUAAGGGAUUGUGGCGUCCUUAGAAAAAUUACCUGCAAACAUGCGGAGGAAAAGAGGCUUUAUGGUGCCAUAUGUGCUGCUCCAGCAGUCACUCUUUUGCCAUGGGGUCUUUUAAGUAAAAAGAAGAUGACUUGUCAUCCUGCAUUCAUGGACAAGCUUCCACCAUUUUGGGCUAGUAAGUCGAAUGUUCAAGUUUCAGGAGAGCUUACAACAAGCCGUGGCCCCGGAACUGCUUUUGAGUUUGCCUUGUCCUUGGUGGAACAGCUAUUUGGGGAGUCAGCUGCCAAAGAAGUUGGAGAAUCGUUGUUGUUGGGUAGUGCCAAUGAUGACGGUGCAACCAAGAAGGAAUUCAACACAGUUGAGUGGUCCCUUGGCCACCAUACCCCCAGUGUUCUCUUGCCAAUUGCUCAUGGUUCUGAAGAGAUUGAAGUAGUGAUUAUUGCAGAUAUUUUAAACCGAGCAAAAGCCAAUGUUGUAGUUGCAUCUGUAGAAAAUGAUUGUGAAAUUUUGGCUUCUCAAGGAACCAAAAUAAUUGCUGAUAUAUUAAUUAAUGAGGCUCAAGAGAUAGAACAUGAUUUGAUUAUUCUUCCGGGGGGAGCUGCUGGCGUUCUGAGGUUAAUCAAAUCUAAAGUUCUCAAGAAGCUUCUUAAAGAACAAAAUACAUCCGGAAGAAUUUUUGGGGCAGUCUCCUCUUCACUUUUUAUCCUUCAUAAACAAGGCUUACUGAAGGAAAAGAGCUUUGCAGCUUAUGCGUCCAUUGUGGACAAACUCAAUGAUGAAACAAUAAAUGGUGCUAAGGUAGUUAUUGAUGGCAAACUGAUAACUAGUGAGGGACUUGCCUCUGUCACAGAUUUUGCACUGGCUAUUGUUAAUAAGCUCCAUGGUAAUGGAAGGGCCAGAAGUGUAGCAGAAGGCCUUGUUUUUGAGUAUCCUAGGAGUUAUAACUCGUAGAUAAAGAAAUUCAUAGGUGUAAUGUGUGUUCUUGUUGAUGAUUAGCUUGGUAACUUGAUUCAUGAUAGAGAUGGUGGAAGAAAGUUGGGUAUUGUUUAGGCAUUUCAAUAGUCUAAUCUUACACUGCCCCAUGUAAACAAAUCAGAAGAUCAAGCACGAAGCUAAUACAUGAGUUUUGUUGGGUUC